AUGCCGCAGUACCUGGUUCGGCUGGCGCAGGCACACGAAAGUUUCCGCAGGGUCGAGUUGCAGGCCUUGGCGGAUGUUGCGGGCAUAUCGCUGCGGUUUGUCAAAUAUCAGGAAGAUUCUCCAUACUGUAUUGUGGAACUAGCAUCAGACGCAGCAGCACGAAAACUCAUCGCCCGCAGCAUUCUCUCUCAAGGCAUAUAUGAGCUAUGGGGCGAGGGCGCAGAGUACAAUGCUCUCCAUGAGUCUGUCCGCAGUCUAACUGCAAGCAAAUGGUCUCGGUACGAGACAUCUUCCUUCCGCUUCACCAUUGAAGGCUAUCGAGGGGGCAGAUCAACCGACGAGCAGCGUAAAAUCAUCGACAGUUUUUCGUACAUGGCAUUCAAGGGACCUCCACGAAUGCGCGACCCAGAUGUGGCAUUUCGCGUAUUCGAAGACUAUGAACUAGAUGCCAAACAACCAAAGUACCUCUACUUUGGGCGCUUUAUUGCAGAUUCAUGUCGUAAUGAGGCGAAGAAGACGUUUGAUCUCAAGAAAAGACACUACAUUAGCACCACAUCCAUGGAUGCGGAGCUUACACUCGUCACGGCGAAUAUCGCACAUGUGGCGCCAGGCAAGGUAUUUUACGACCCAUUUAUGGGCACUGGUGGCUUUCCAAUCGCGUGUGCGCAUUUUGGCGCCGUAGUGUUUGGAAGCGACAUCGACGGUCGCACUAUACGGGGCACAGGGGGGAGUGCUCGAAGAGGGCAGACAGGAAAGUACGAUGUUGUUGGCAACUUCAAACAAUACGGCAUCGAAUCAAGAUAUCUAGGUGCCUUUGUUUCUGAUCUCACAAACACACCACUGAGGAUUUUACCAACUGGCAGUCAAAACAGCAAAGGCUAUCUCGACGGUAUCGUAUGUGAUCCCCCUUACGGGAUCCGUGAAGGCCUCAAGGUACUCGGGUCUCGCCAGGAGCUUCUCGAAAAAGAGCGGAAGUCACAUCAAGAUCAAUUCAAGGAACCGGGGUAUAUUCCACCCAAGCGGCCAUACUCAUUUACUGCGCUGCUCGACGAUAUACUCGAGUUUGCAGUUGCGACACUGGUGGAAGACGGGCGACUCAGCAUGUGGAUGCCGACUGCCAAUGACGAAGACAUUGAGCUGAUAAUACCCUCGCAUCCCGGCUUGGAACUGACAUCGGUAUGCGUGCAAGCUUUCAACAAAUGGUCUCGUCGACUCCUUACCUACCGGCGGCGCCGUGAAUCAGAGAUGCCGGAGGGCGCGUUGGAGGCUGUCAAGAAGGAGUACGAAAAGGGUACAAGAGCGAGUGAGUUGAACGACUUUCGCCGAAAGUAUUUCCAAGGAUUCAAGGAGUUUGAAAGUAUGAAGAAAGAGUUUAUUAGGAUGAAGAAGGAAAAUAACGUGGACGGGGAUGUGGUGAUUUGUCAAGACAAGGGAGAUGCUGGAGUGUGA